AUGGCGUUCUUCUCCUUCGACUCCUUCUCGACGAAGAAGAAGAGGAAGAAGACGCCAUCGGACUCGGAGUCUUCAGAGCCCCCUGCGCCCAAAAAGGCAGCGGCGCCGAAGGCUGGGAGCAGCACUCAGGCACCGCCUGGUGAUGCAGCAGCGGAGGAAGUACUUUCGCUGACGGCCUCUUCCGGCCACCGCGAGACAGUGGGUGAGCUUCUGGCUGCCUCAGAGGACUUGAAAACUACCGCCGAGCUGGUGCGACGGUUUAUCCUCGUGGUGCACCGGGCCUGGAAGACGGGGAAGGGCGGCGAAGGAGGGGCUGCCGACACGGUUCCCGACCUUGGAUCUCUGCAGCCACUCCUGGACCUGGUCUGUGCAAAGGCGCUGGAUGAGAAAGAAGAGGACCACAUGAGGAAUUGCUGCUUGCAGUCGCUUCGGGGAGAGCACCUGCUGGCCCAGAAAAGCUACUUGGACCUGAUCCAUGGCUCCAAGACAUGGGUCACAGGAGGUCUCUUGUAUAUAUCGAGCGACGAGCCCAAGGGCAACGAGCGCAUGUGGGGCCAAAAGUGGCGCAAGAUUGAGGACAAGGACCACUGUGUCACGCGCAUGGCCGGAGGCGACUUUGACGGCGACCUGGUGAUGCUCUCCUGGUGUGAUGCCCUCAUCCAUCUCCUGAAGGACACCGAGGCCGCGGUGUCCUCCAUUGACAUCAAUGGCCUGAACAAGGAGGUGGAGGCAGGCAUCCAGGAGUUGCUUCACCGCCCCACUGUGCAACGAGCCAUGGAUGAAUUGGUGCCCAUGCCGCGGCUUUUCCACGAAGCGCUCAGCAAUCCCUCCAACAAGGCCAUGAUGCUCCAGGCCUACCGCGCAAUAUCGCGCAGCCCUGGGCGCCCACAAGGCGAUGGAUGCCCCAAAGAAAUAUCUGCGGCGACCAUCCAGAUCUUUAUGCAGGAGUGCCUCAGCAGCAGCGGGAUCCACCGACGGGCGACCUUCAGCACAAAAGCUGUUGCUAAGGGGGCGAAGGGCUUGCGCUUGAUCCUCCCAGAGCUGCGCCGCCACUGUUCCUUCGAAUUCUUCAAGGAUUGGCUCUCCCGAGAAUUUGUUUGGCCGAACCUGGGCGAGGAUCUGGAUGCCCUGCAAGGAGGUGGUGUUGGGGUGUGA